AUGGCCGCCCUCCAGACGGGCGUCUUUGAAAAUGGCCGCUGGGUCACCCGCAGAGUCAACAUCCACGAGAUCCUCCAGGAAAACGAGCGCCGAGAGGCCCGCGAGAGGCAGCCCGAGCCUAGGCAGCAGCAACAGCUCCACCACCAACCCGAACCGCCCGUGCUCGGCCUGCUUUCCAGGACCAUUCUCCGAAGCCCCGUCAUCAACUGGAUCAUCCCCGCCAGGGUGCGCCACCGUGAGAAGAACGACGUCGUCUUCAUCGGCGAGGACUUCAUUCACAUCAAGGAAAUCCUGUCCGAUGGCCAUCUCAGGCAUGUUGCUUCCAAAGCCGACUUUGGCUCCCACAUCCGCGCCGCCAGGGUGUUUGGCGAGCCGCGCAAGUUUAUCCACCCGCCCAUGAUCGAGCAGCCGCAGUCGCCCAUGGAAAUUGACUACACAGAAGUGAUUCCCCCGCAAAUUCUCGUCUUGACCCUUGAGUCUCAGGAGCUCAUCUUUCUUUUCGCGCAUCAAAACCCAGACGGCACCAUAGAUUUCUGGAGCAGCGCCGUGCCUUUAGAUGCCAACCGGUCUUUCCUAGAGCAACCCGGAAAACACCUGGCUGUAGAUCCCCGGUCCAGAGCCGUGGCCGUUGCCGCGUCAGAAAGCACCAUCUUCAUAUACACGGCCAAAACCAUGAAUAAUCUCAGAGAUAACUUCUCUGCCAGCACGGACAACUGGACUCCCAUCAAGGCAGAGCUGCCGGUGGUCGUUCCGGGCAUUAUUCUGAAAAUGGAGUUCCUUUACCCGGAGCCGGGGGACAAACACCACGUCAUUCUGCUCGUGAUAUAUACAAGGGACAGAAAGACGAGAAUGACCUGCUAUGAGUGGGAUCACCAACAGGGGCUUAAGUUCGUGCGACGUGUCGUGGAGGGGUUCCCCUUGCACAAGAACCAGCAAUUGCCACUGCUGCUCAUACCGUUGCAACACGGUCCCAGUUUCAUGCUCGUGGGCGAAAAGGAGAUUUAUCUGCAUCAGGAAAUUAUGACCGGAAACCCUACCAGAAGCGCUGUGGCCUUGGCCAGCGACGAAGGUCCAAGAUAUCCCGGAAAUUCGCGGCGAUUACCCGUUUGGACGAGCUGGGCCAGAACUGGGCGGAACUGGAUCUGGAAUGGAAAACCAGAAGAGAAUUUCUAUCUUGUGCGUGAAGACGGCGUGGUUCACUACAUGCAGGUCAACUCUCGCAGUGGCGCGUUGACGAGCAAAGCCGGUCAUUUUCAGUGCAACGUCAACACGGCAUUUGCGAGUCUGGAUGUCGGUUUCUAUCUCGACACUCCAGAUGUCCUGGUUGCCGCUGGCGACAUGUCGCCUGGUGAGAUUGUCAAGAUUGGCCAAUGGAGGGAUGAGAUCUCCUUUAAUGAAAGAAUAUCGUCACCAAAGACCCGUGCACAAGUUAUGGAACCAGAUUUUAUUAGUGCGAUUCCAAACUGGGGUCCGACAAUGGACAUGGCUCUUGCGGAGCCUUCAAAUGGAAGAUCCAGCAUUGCAGGCUCCAGAAGCAAGGUCCUGACAACUGCUGGAAGAGCCCCUUAUGGCGCGGUCACUGAGCUCCGGGUGGGAAUCGAGGCCAAACUGGGGUUUACCUUCGCAUCCAGCGAACUUUCUGGAGUAACUGGCUUAUGGACUCUGUCGGAUGCUUCUCAUGACGGGGUGUUUUUCCUGCUCUCCUUCCCUUCAUCGACUAUUCUUCUCCGGCUUUUCCAGGAUGCAUCUGACCCACAAGUGGACUUUGACGAAGACAGUUCUGGCAUUGAUUUUAGCAAUGAAACACUGCUGAGUGAGCCAAUCGACGAGGAAAUGGCCAUCCAAAUUACCUCUCGUACAAUUGUUGUCCUGGACACGACUAGCUCAGCUCAGGCAUUGCCAAGAAAAGGGUUCUGGGAGCUGCCAUCAGAACAAACAGUAAUUGCGGCAACUUCCUGUCCGGAGCUGUCGGCUGUAUAUCUGGCUGUUCGCACAGAGGAAGGUCUCACCAUCCAACCUGCUGUUAUUGCUGAUCGUGAUGGUGAGGCUAAGUUUAGCUGGUUACCAACGACACAGUUGCAUGACGAUCCUACUUGUCUUCAGGUUUUGGAGUUCCACAUGGGACAUGUCCUCCUCGUGGCGUCCACUGAUGGACUCAUACGCCUGUAUGCAAUUGGACAGGAUGGUGGACUUGGAUUGCUCAUUGCCAGCCACCAGAUCGACCAAAGUUCGACACAAACAUCACUGGCGGCCUGUCAAAGUGCGGUACUGCUAAGCAGCACGCAAUUUGACCCUUCAAAGAGCAACGAUAUGACGCUUGUCUGUGGUCUUCGCAAUGGAGAUCUCUACUCCAUCGAGGUACACUGUGCAAACAACGCCAACGGCAUCAAAUUGGAAAAUGGAGCAUCAACCGAACCGACGGCCGCGAAAUCGCUUUCCUGGACAAUAGCGUUUGGAGGUUCUACUAGGACCAAGUUUGGCCAGACGCCAGCAACCGUCAUCAAAGACGGGGGUGAAGAAUCAACGGUCGCUUUCGCUACUUGCGGGCCUGAGUUCUGUCGUCUCGACUAUAGCAAAGGCCGUGAGACCGGUCUGGAGAUUAACAAUGUAUGGUUCACCGACCGGAACCAACCUGCACUUCAGCAGGGGCCUGUUUCCGCGGUCUGUCGUAUACCACGACAGCCACAUUUGACCCGAGACCUUGGUAAUGCUUUGGUUUGUAUCGCUGGCAACGCUUUCCUUGUUGCCCAACUUGCCCAGAAAAAGCAGGCUGUACCGCGGCAUCUCCCUAUAAAAGGGACGCCACACCGAGUGGUUUAUUCCCAAUUUUUAAAGGCUUCGUUCGUGGCUACUACCGAGAACUUCCCGGCAAGCGGGUACCGCGUCGCCCAUUGCUAUGUGAAAAUGGUCGAAGAUGGCUGUGAGGACACGUGCACCGCGGGAUAUGCACUUGCUCCUGGAUCUCGUGUCAACAGCAUGAUGGAGUGGGUUCUCACCGGUGAGAACGGAAAGAAGCAUGCCAUGAUCGCUGUGGGCACAACAGAGAGUGAUGGACGCAGCGGCAGACUGACAAUUCUGCAAAGAAGGGUAGAAACAGACGCAGUUUAUUUAACCGCGGCAAAAGAGAUUGAUUUCAAAAGCACUGUAUACUCUUUGGCUUCGUACGGCGAUGCAAGUCUGGUCGUCUGCUUUGGCACCAAAGUGCGCAUCUACAGGUAUCAGUCGCAAAGUCCAAGAUUUAGGUUAUCUUGCGAGCAUGAAUUGCCGUCCCCCGGCGUUCAAAUCACAACAUGCGAGCCCAUCAUCCACAUCACCACGGCCCAGGACUCGCUCAUGGCCUUCAAGCUCAACUCGACCGGCGCUGCUGACAAUUCUGAGGCAGAAACUCUUAGAUUCGAGACCUUUUUCACGGACCGUCAAGCCCGACAAGCAUCGUGUCACCUGCCACUAACCCUCCCCCAUUCCGCCACCUCUCACAACCCUGCCUCCAAUGGCACGCACGACACAACCAACCCCACGGCACCAAGUACACCAUCAACGCUCGUCCUCGUCGCCGACAAAUCCGCCUCCAUAACCGGUCUCCUCCAACCCGCCACACGGACCUACCAAACCGCCGCGCCCACCAUUUUCGAAGCCGCGCUCCCACGCAGCGUAACGCGCCUCCGGCGACCCGCACGCAGCACGAUGAAGCCCCCCUACCGCCAAGCCGCGGUGCCGGGCAUCCUCGUCAACGACAUCGUCGGCUCCGCCUCGGACGGCACCCUCUUCGGCUUCAGCAUCCUGCACGAGCGGGUCUGGCGUCUGCUGCGCUUCCUCCAGGGGCUCUGCCGCGCCGAGGACCGCCGUGUCAUGGAGGCGCGCCCGGGCUCCGGCCGCGGGCCCGGCGUCGCGCAGGUGCUGCUCCAACACCAGCAGCUGCAGUUCCGCAAGGCGCGCGACGCGUCGACCGACAUGGACGCCAUGGAUGUAGAUGGCGAGGAUGAUGUGCGCAGCAGUGGCGGCGGCGGUGGUGGCAAGUCUACGACGAGCCUCAUGCGCGAAGCGGACCCCGACCGCGACGCGCCCGGCCUGCGCCGCAAGACGGCAUACCACGUCGACGGCGACGCGCUGGCGCGCUUCCUGGAGGGGCGGGGCGGGCACGCGCGGCUGCGGCGCUUGGUCGGCGAAGUAGAGGGCCCCGAGGGCGCGGAGGUGCGGCGCCGCUUCUGUGAGCUGGUGGCGCGGGCGUUUGGAGACGAGAAUGCGUCGGCGACAACGACGACGGGGCGUGCGGGCGUGGGUGUGGCACUAGGGGGGCCGGUGGGCGGAGGGCCCGAGACCGAGUCCGUGAGGCUGGAGCGCGAUGUUGCGCGCGUGUUGGCGUGGUUGAGGGAUGUGUUAGAGCCGGCGGUGUGA